CUGAAGAUCUACCCCUCCCUUCUCCCGAGAUACCGUGGACCAGCACCAAUACAGCACGCAAUUUUGAGCGGAGACCCUGAGAUUGGUGUUUCUACCAUUAUCAUACUCAAGAGGAAUGAGGGAAUAGAUGCUGGCGACGUGUGGGGGUCCGAUGAUAUGGUAUGA